GAGAGGAGAGAGACAUCCUGCAAAAUAAGAAUCUUCUCUUCUUAGGCAGUGUUCCAGAGCACAGUGGUCAGAGACAGGGAGAAGGAGAGUGUGACACAGGAGGAGAGAGAGAGAGAGAGAGUGAGAGUGAGAGUGUGUGUGUGUGAAAAAGUGAGUGAGAGACCCGCGUAAACGUCAUCUGCCUACUGGAAUACGGACUACAAGCAUACGAGCACCGGCCGGAGGAGGGACAGUGGCUCCACUGUGUACCCGGACAGAGAAUCACUGUGGUAUCGGACAGGAACCCAUUGCCGUCAACGGGGCAACAGGAGCGGGGCUGAAUGCUGGAAGACACCCCGGAAAGUGGCACCAGGAGCAGCUGUUAGUGAGUGAUUGAGGGGCGGGGGGACAUGGCUUCCUCUCCGGUGACCCCAGCAUCGCUCGAAGGAGAGACACCUUCACCCAUCGGGAACGAGGGCCCCGCUACAACCCGACAGUCGGACAGUAACACCAGUUUCCUGCGAGCGGCGAGGGCAGGGAACAUCGACAAAGUUUUGGAAUAUCUGAAAGGGGGAGUGGACAUCAGCACCUGCAAUCAGAAUGGUCUUAAUGCACUGCACCUGGCAGCCAAGGAGGGCCACGUGGAUCUGGUCCAGGAGCUGCUGGACAGAGGUGCAGCGGUGGAUUCAGCCACAAAGAAAGGAAACACAGCACUGCACAUAUCCUCUCUAGCUGGUCAGGCUGAAGUAGUGAAGAUCCUGGUCAAACGAGGAGCUGACAUCAAUGCACAGUCUCAGAAUGGAUUCACUCCGCUGUACAUGGCCGCCCAGGAGAAUCACCUGGAUGUAGUGCGAUACCUGCUGGAGAAUGGAGGCAACCAGAGCACAGCUACAGAGGAUGGCUUCACCCCUCUGGCCAUCGCCCUCCAACAGGGCCACAACCAGGUGGUCUCUAUCUUACUGGAGAAUGAUACAAAAGGCAAGGUCCGCCUGCCUGCCUUGCACAUUGCUGCCCGCAAGGAUGACACCAAGUCGGCCGCCCUGCUCCUCCAGAACGACCACAACGCUGACGUCCAGUCGAAGAGUGGAUUCACCCCCCUGCAUAUCGCUGCCCAUUAUGGCAACGUCAAUGUGGCCACGCUCCUGCUGAACCGAGGGGCAGCAGUCGACUUCACGGCAAGGAAUGGCAUUACUCCUCUACAUGUGGCGUCCAAGCGUGGUAACACUAACAUGGUUGGCCUGUUACUGGACCGUGGCUCUCAGAUUGACGCUAAAACAAGGGAUGGUCUGACGCCCCUUCACUGUGCAGCUCGGAGUGGACAUGAUACAUCUGUGGAGCUGCUGCUGGAGAGAGGAGCACCCUUGCUGGCCAGGACCAAGAAUGGGCUGUCUCCACUGCACAUGGCGGCACAAGGCGACCACGUCGAAUGUGUCAAACACCUCCUGCAGCAUAAGGCUCCUGUUGAUGAUGUCACGUUGGACUACCUGACAGCAUUGCAUGUGGCAGCCCACUGCGGUCACUACAGAGUCACCAAGUUGCUUCUAGACAAGAGGGCCAACCCCAACGCCAGGGCGCUGAAUGGCUUCACUCCACUGCACAUAGCCUGUAAGAAGAACCGAGUGAAAGUGAUGGAGCUGCUGGUCAAAUAUGGAGCCUCCAUCCAGGCCAUCACAGAGUCUGGUUUGACUCCCAUCCACGUAGCAGCCUUCAUGGGUCACCUGAACAUCGUCCUGCUGCUGUUGCAGAACGGAGCGUCGCCCGACGUCAGCAAUAUUCGUGGGGAAACAGCAUUGCACAUGGCAGCCAGGGCAGGACAGGUGGAGGUGGUCAGAUGUCUGCUGAGGAACGGAGCAAUAGUGGACGCCAGGGCACGGGAGGACCAGACUCCCCUCCACAUUGCGUCCCGUCUGGGAAAAACAGAGAUUGUGCAGCUGCUGCUUCAACACAUGGCUCAUCCAGAUGCUGCCACAACCAACGGCUACACCCCCCUCCACAUCUCCGCCAGGGAGGGGCAGGUGGAGACAGCCUCUGUCCUGCUAGAGGCCGGAGCUUCACACUCACUGGCCACCAAGAAAGGCUUUACUCCCCUGCAUGUUGCUGCCAAGUACGGCAGCCUAGAUGUAGCCAAACUUCUGCUGCAGCGCCGCGCUCCACCUGAUUCUGCUGGGAAGAACGGCCUCACCCCGCUCCAUGUCGCAGCACAUUACGAUAACCAGAAGGUGGCGCUCCUGCUUUUGGACAAAGGAGCGUCCCCGCACACCAUGGCCAAGAAUGGCUACACUCCGCUCCACAUCGCGGCUAAGAAGAACCAGAUGGAAAUCGCCACGGUGCUGCUGCAGUACGAAGCUGAGACCAACAUCCUGACCAAGCAGGGCGUCACGCCGCUCCAUCUGGCCGCCCAGGAGGGCCACGCAGAGAUGGCUGCCCUGCUCAUGAGCAAGGGAGCCCAGAUCAACAUCCAGACUAAGAGUGGCCUGACUGCCCUCCAUCUGGCAGCCCAGGAGGAUAAAGUGGCCGUUGCUGAGAUCCUAGCCAGAAACGGAGCAAACCUCGACCAGCAGACCAAAUUGGGCUACACCCCGCUAAUUGUAGCAUGUCACUAUGGUAACGCCAAGAUGGUCAACUACCUGCUUCAGAAUGGAGCCUGUGUCAAUGCCAAAACCAAGAAUGGAUACACUCCCCUCCACCAGGCAGCCCAGCAAGGAAACACACACAUCAUUAACCUACUGCUGCAAAACGGUGCCAAGCCCAACGCUAUCACUGUGAAUGGUAACACGGCUCUAGGUAUUGCUCGGAGGCUGGGCUACAUCUCUGUGGUGGACACACUGAGGGUUGUCACUGAGGAGAUCAUCACUACCACAACGACGGUGACAGAGAAACACAAGCUGAACGUGCCAGAGACCAUGACGGAGGUGCUGGAUGUGUCGGAUGAAGAGGCACUGAGAAGCAUUGAUGAUGAUGAUGAUGAUGACAUGUCGGACGACCCCAUGGAUGAAGGCGAUGACACGAUGACGGGUGAUGGAGGGGAAUAUCUGAGAGCUGAGGACCUCAGGGAGCUGGGAGACGACUCCCUGCCAGGACAGUAUCUGGAUGGAAUGAACUACCUCCGCUUCAGUCUGGAGGGGGGACGCACAGACAGUCGAAUGCAAAGUUCCGACAGGUCCUUCACACCCACCCACCACAGCUACUACUCCCCUAAACAUGAGGGCAUGAUGGAUGAGAUGCUCAACUGUCACCAGAUUUCUACAUUGGCCAGGGAGAAUGAUUCUUACCGCCUGAGUUGGGGCACAGAGAAUUUGGACAAUGUGGCUUUAUCCUCCAGCCCCAUUCACUCUGGCCAUUCCUCUCCGUGCCAUGAUCAUGGAGACCACAGCAGCUUCCUGGUCAGCUUUAUGGUGGACGCCAGGGGUGGAGCUAUGCGAGGUUGCCGACACAACGGCCUGCGCAUCAUCAUCCCCCCGAGAAAGUGCAGCGCACCCACGCGGGUGACAUGCCGGCUAGUGAAGAGACACCGUCUGGCCACCAUGCCCCCGAUGGUUGAGGGUGAGGGCCUGGCCAGCAGGCUGAUCGAGGUGGGGCCGUCAGGAGCACAGUUCCUCGGUCCUGUGAUUGUGGAGAUCCCCCACUUUGCUGCCCUGCGAGGGAAAGAGAGGGAGCUAGUGAUCCUGAGGAGCGAGAGUGGAGAGAGCUGGAAAGAGCAUCACUGUGAACACACCCAAGAGGAACUCAAUCAGAUACUCAACGGCAUGGAUGAGGAGCUGGACACGCCAGAGGAGCUGGAGAGGAAGCGCAUCUGCCGUAUCAUCACUAGAGAUUUCCCACAAUACUUUGCGGUUGUUUCGCGCAUCAAGCAAGACAGUAAUCUGAUUGGUCCUGAAGGAGGCAUCCUGAGCAGCACGGUUGUGCCCCAGGUACAGGCAGUUUUCCCUGAGGGGGCCCUGACCAAGAGGAUCAGAGUCGGACUACAGGCCCAGCCAGUGAAUGUGGAUGUAGUGAGGAAGAUCUUGGGGAACAAGGCCACUUUCAGUCCCAUUGUCACUCUGGAACCUCGCAGGAGAAAGUUUCAUAAACCCAUCACCAUGACCAUCCCCGUCCCCAAGACCAACUCCGACCCAGUCCUCAAUGGCUUCGGAGGGGACACCCCCACCUUACGACUGCUUUGUAGUAUCACUGGUGGAACAACGCCCGCUCAAUGGGAGGACAUAACAGGAACCACACCGUUAACGUUCAUCAAUGACUGUGUCUCCUUCACCACCAAUGUGUCUGCCAGAUUUUGGCUGAUAGACUGUCGACAAGUCCAGGAAUCUGUCAACUUCUCCACUCAGGUGUACCGAGAGAUCAUCUGUGUCCCUUACAUGGCCAAGUUUGUCAUCUUUGCCAAGACCCACGAUCCCAUUGAGGCCAGACUGCGCUGCUUCUGCAUGACAGACGACAAGAUCGACAAAACCCUGGAGCAGCAGGAGAACUUCUCAGAGGUGGCCCGCAGCCGAGAUGUAGAGGUCCUGGAAGGCAAACCUAUCUAUGCAGACUGCUUUGGAAACCUCGUUCCCCUUACCAAAAGUGGCCAGCACCAUCUGUUCAGCUUCUUUGCCUUUAAGGAGAACAGACUAGCACUCUUCAUCAAAAUCAGAGACAACACUCAGGAGCCAUGCGGUCGUCUGUCAUUUAUGAAAGAACCCAGGAACUACAGGUCACUCACCCAAAAUGCCAUAUGCAACCUCAACAUCACCCUUCCAUCAUACUGCAAGGAGUCCGAUUCAGACCAAGAGCAAGAGGAAGAGACCAGCAGAACGCUAGAGAAAUUAGAUCCACAGGAUGAAGCUGAGAGAAAAGAGCAACGGUUGGCCAUUAUAGCUGACCAUCUGGGCUUCAGCUGGACAGAAUUGGCACGAGAACUGGACUUCAGUGAGGAGAGGAUCAACCUGAUAAGAAUUGAAAACCCUAACUCACUUCAAGACCAAAGCCAUGCCCUUUUGAAACUCUGGGCAGAGAGGGAGGAGAAGCAUGCCACAGAAACAACACUGAUCAAAAGACUGACCAAGAUCAACCGAAUGGACAUUGUUCACCUCAUUGAAACCAAGAUCAUCAAGUCCACUCAGGAUGAGACAUCCUCACACACCUAUGCAGAAAUAGAGCGGACCAUAGCACUGGAUCAUAGUGAAGGUUUUUCUGCCCUUCAUGAAGACAUUGACAGUCCCAGGCCAGGCAGGCGUACAGAGGCCACACGUAGGAGUCCAGGCUCAGGACAAGAGGUACCCAUGGUGUCAGCAGAGGAUCUGUCCUCCAGUUUGUCAUCACUUCACGAGACAAUGGGAAGAUCAGAGACAGAUUCCACAGCAACAGGCUUUCUUAGAAAUGCCCAGAAAGAGAAACUACAAAAAGAGAUGGAGACGACAUACUCAUCACAAAGAGUAUAUGAGGAAUUGACAGACACAAUACACUCAAGCAGUUUUAAACAAGUAAGUCCUUUCUUCACAUUGUACCGCACCACUCCCUACAAACUCCGAUCCCAUGUAAUAGACCCUGUGUACAAAGGGGGACCCAAGUUAGGUGCCCAGAUUACCCCACUUCCUUAUCCCACGGUUGAACCAUGUGAUGAUGAGGGGCCUGCUGGAUGUGAGGGGGCAGAGGGGGGAGAGGACUGGAGCUUGGAGUGUCUACAAACCAUGCAUUCUGAAUACAAUGCUCAUUAUUUGUCACCAUUGCCUUGGCGAGAGUCAUCCAAUAGCUCUCGAACAGGUGUGUGCGAGAGUCGACCACUGUCCAUGACUGAUUUUGGAGACAGCUUGAUUGAGUGUGAUCAAGCUGAGCAAGACUUCAGGAAACUGUCUAUGGAGUUCAUGGAAACCAAUGAGGUGUCUGAAAAGAGUUCCUUUACACAACAACUGACUAGUGAACAAAGGUGUCCACCUAUUCAGCCUACUUCUGGUUGUGUUAAUGCAAUGGCAGAAUCCAUGCAGACCAAACAAGUGACCGGAAGACACAUGGAUGAAGUUUCACGUCGACUGUAUAAAGUCCUGUAUGGAUAUGAUGUUGACCUGAUGGAUUCAGGUAGUGCAAGUGUGUCUGUGGUACCUGAAGACAUAAUUCAAGCUGGAGUCCAGAAAGAUGCGGUUGGGGGAGCUGCAUCAAUUUCAGGUGACCUUGAUGUCAAAUCUAUUCAUGGCAUGAGUCAAAACCAUGAUACUGCCACUCAGGCAUUAGCAUGUCCCUCUGUUGCCAGUGCCAAUCCAGCCAAAACAGAACUCAUGAGCCCAACCAGCUUAAUUCAUGUGUCACAUGACUCAACUUGUAAGCAGUUAGAUGUUACUUUAGUAGAUAAUGCUGUGUCAUUUAUACGAAGUGCUGAAUGCAGCUCUGAGAAAACACUGUCAAUCAGACAAAAUGAACCUGAGGUUGUUGUUACUGUAAAAGCUGCAGGUGAGAUUGAAGCAUCCAGAUAUAGAUCCUGUUUACCAGAAUCAACUUCUGAGAACAUUUGUGAACUUCAUAGCUUUGAUUAUGAUAGAUCAUCAUUACCUGAAUGUGUGAUUGAUACAGCAAUAUUUCUGACGGAAAGUAGAUCCUCAUCCCCUGAAUCAGUGUCGUCAGUAAAUGAACUGAAAUUUCUUGCACCUGAUUCUCCAAUACCUCAGUUUAGGCCCUUGUCUCCCCUACCACCUCCUGUUUUUCCAUGGGAGACUGGUGAUGUUAGGGCUUCUGCAAAGGGGCAACCAUUACUGAGUGUGCCAGGAGGCACUUCAUUGUUCACACAAGAAGCAGAGGAAAGACCAUUAACACCAAUGGUUUCAAACAAAAGACCAUUUGGAAGGCCGGUAUCAUUAGACAGUGAUUAUAGUGGGGAGAGAUCCCUCUCACCUCAAUCCUUAACUUUUGACAUAGAAGACAGAGCAUCAUCACCUGAGUCUGUCAUUUUUGAAGAGGUGCAGUGGUUUUUCACAUCCUCUGACCAUAUGACUCUGUCUACUGAUUUCCAUGAGAUGAGACCAUCAUCUCCUGAAUCCUUUGGAUCCAUCACUGCAUAUUAUCCACCAGACUCCCCUGUCCCACAAUUUAGACAAGUCUCAGAAUCUGUUACAACUUGUCGGUUUAGAUCAUUGUCACCUGAGUCACCGUCAUCAGAUAUAGAAAUUGAAGCAGAACUUUUGUUAUCAACCUUUUUUGAAGACAGAGCAACGUCCCCAGAAUCAGUAACAUCUGUGAACGAAUAUAAAGCAUUGUCACCUGAUUCACCUAUACCUGAAUUCAGUUACAACUGGUCUGAAUCAGUUAUUUUAACGAUAGGAGAGAGAUCCACUUCACCGGAACCUGUAUGCUCAGAUGUAGAAUAUGGGUCCAUAUCUCCAGCAUCUCUUAACUAUGGAUAUAGAGCUUCAUCACCUGCUUCUGUUGCAUCUGUAGAUGAAUCAGAAUCUUUCUUACCUGUGGUUGGACAUGUAUCACCCGCCCCUGAAUCAAUUAAAUCUGCAGAGGUAGCAUGGUACUCCCUACCAACAAAAUCACCUGAACCAUUAGUAUCUCUCACAGAGAACAAACCCUCAACACCAGUGGAAUCUGUGUCUGAGGAUGAUGAUGAUUGGGUUGUCAUAUCUUUGUCUGAUAUUGAAGAAAGACCACUUUCACCAGAGUCAGUGCCUGACUGCAGAUUAGGGUCUCCACAGUCAAUGUUAGACAUUAGAGCAUCCUCCCCUGAAUCAGGAACAUUCAAUGAGUGUGUGUCUCCAGAUUCUCCUAUACCACAAUUUACGCCAUCUGUGCAUCAUUCUGUUACUAUAAAUAAUCAUUCAUCAUCACCAGAAUCUGUGUUGUCAGAUACAGAAUAUGAGGCUUUGCCAUUGCUAUCAUAUUUUGAGACUAGGCCUUUAUCUCCUGAUUCUAGUGGUUCAGUAAGUGAUUGUGGGCCAUUGCCUUAUCCCGUAACUGACCUGCCUAAUAUGGAAGAUAUGACACUUGAACUAACAGGCACUCCAUUUUUUAAAGAAACUAAAACAAACAUAGUUAUUGAUCUAGAAAAUGUAAAAACUGAAGAACAAAUAUCAACCUCUAUGUCAUCAAAAUCUGUAGAAGAAAAUCCUAUGAGAUUUAAUAAAAAUGAAGCUCCCAAGGCACAGUCAAUAGUACCUGAUGGCUCUCAGUCAGACCAAAACAUUGUCCCACCACCAACAGGAGUUGAGGUCUUGUCUGGUGUAAUUACAGAAGAAUUAUCAUAUGAUCGAGGAAACUCAAAGGAGGAAAUGUGCAAUCUGGUAACUGAGAAGACCAAGUCUACUAGAAAGAAAAAGUCCAAGAAAUCAAUCAAAACUGAUUAUGAAUCUAUGCAGAAUGUUACAAAAUUUCAAAAAGACUCAUCUGAGUUUAUAACUAAAAUACAUGAAGAUACACAAGGGUCUGAUAAAGCUGUGUCACCUCUUUUGUCCCCAGAAACUGCAUCUAAUGAUCUACCAUUGUCAUUGGCAUUUAGUACAAAGAUCGAAGAUCAGCAAUUACCUGGAGAGUCCUCAUUUUCUGUACCUCAGCAUGAUGCACCUUUAUUCCUAACAGACGAUUCAGUGUCAGUCUACAGUCUAGCAUAUGAUGCAGAACUUUGGAAGCUCAUCUCUCAAAUUCGUGACCCUCAGUAUGUAGGAGAAACCUUCAUGAGUAAAACAGGAGUCUUUCAGUUUGCUGGAACAAGGACAGAGUCUUAUCAGAUAAAGUCAGAUGUGACCAUUGAAGACAAAGCUGCUGCUUUGCAAUCAUUAUAUUACCAAAGAUCACUUUCACCAGAUUCUGAAGCAGAAUAUAGACCCAUGUCACCACAAUCGCUGUUGGUGCUGGACACACUUAGACCAGAUUCCUCCCUCUCAGGGAGAUCUGUAGACAGUCAGCGAGCUUUAACACCAGAUUCCCCUAUUCCUCAGUACUUUACCUCUUUUUCUAGACCCUUACAAGUUUAUCACAGAUCAGUGUCAUCAGAGUCAGUAUUGUCAGAUCUGAAUCUGGAGACUGAUUUAAACAUUUCAUUUGUUUGUGAGGACAGACCAGCAUCUUGUGAUUCAGUAGCAUCUGCAAACUUAUACAGGGCACUAUCACCUCAAUCACCUAUUCCUGAUUUUAGACCGUCUUUACCAGAAUCAGUUGUAACUGCUCGAUUGGAUCGGUCUUCAUCACUUGAAUCAAUAACCUCUGAUCUAGAAUGUGUGUCUUUCUCUUUGCCAUUAUCAUUUGCUGAAAACAGACCACCAUCCCCAGAUUCUGUUGAUGAAAACAGGCCACUUUCAGCUGAGUCACCCAUUCCUGUGUUUGGAGAGGCUUUGCCAAUUGUUUGGACCACACUGGAUAGAUCCUCGUCACCUGUUUCAGUUUGUUCAGAUUUAGAAUAUGGGUCUAUGUCUCUAUCACAUCUGUCAUCUGAAGUGAGACCAUCCUCACCUGAUUCAGUAGUUUCUGGAGAUGACUACAGAGGUGACUCACCGAUACCAGAAUUCAAAACGAGGCUGACUAAAUCAGUUUCAGUUAUUACUCACAGAUCAUCUUCUCCUGAGUCAGAGGUUUCUGAUAUUGAAUUUACACAAUCAAGUGUAGACAUAAGCAUUUAUGAGCAGAGACCAGACUCACCAGAAUCACAAGUAUCGGAGACCAUAGAGAGACAUUUAUGUGGUAAUAGUCAAACCUUGAAAGCGAUAAGGGUGCCAGUAUAUAGACUGGUUUAUGAUGCUGAACUUUGGAAGCUCAUUUCUCAAAUACGUGAUCCUCACUAUGUUGGGGAGACUUUCUGCAGUAAAACUGGUGUUUUUGAGUAUGCUGGAACAAGAAUUGAGUAUGUUCUGGGAAACUCAGAUGUGAAAAAGGGAGUGUUAGAGGAUGGUUUGAAGUUGGACAUUGCAGAGUCAUCUGAUGCAGAUGUUCCAGAAUGUAGACCUGCAGCACCUGAAUCAGUUACUGCUGCUGUUGAUUACAGGUGCUCUUCACCCAAGCCAGUACUUUCAGAUAUCAAAUAUGGGUUUUCAACCUCAGAGGCCUUUACAGACCAGAGAGCAGACUUACCUGAAUCAGUUGUUUCCAUGCUUGAGGAAAGGCAAUCGGUUGCUGGUGCAACAUUGACAGCAAACCAGCUGAUGUGUCAACUAUAUGACCCCCAUUAUGUAGGAGAAGCUUUUAUAAGCGGGGCUGAAGUGUUUGAAUAUGUGGAGUCUAAUAAAGAAUUUGAUUCCCUUGAUGCAGAUGCAGAAGCGACAGGUAGGCCAAUGUCACCUGACUCUGCGGCAGAAUAUAGACCUCUCUCACCUGAGGGCCUGAAGUUACUGAGUGUUCUAAGGUCUGAUUCUCAGGAGACAGGGAUCUCUGUAGAUGAGUAUAGAGCUUUGAGUCCAGAUUCACCCACUCCCCAAUUUCCUGUCACACUUCCUGAAACUCCAUUGGAAUAUCAUAGGCCACCAUCUUCCGAACCUGUGUCAGAUACAGAACUUGAGCAAUUUGAUGUUGCUACUUUAUCUACUGAGUCAAGGUUAUCAUCUCCUGAAUCAGAACGAUCACUGAGCAAACAUAGGCCUCUCUCUCCUGAUUCACCAGUGCCUGACUUUAGGCCAGAGUUACAGAACUCUUUUGUUUUAGCUAAUGAAUAUAGAUCAUCCUCACCCGAGUCCGGUUCCUCAGAUUUGGAGGAUUCAUCAGGAUUUUUUCCUUCAGAAUUUGGCAUUGAAGACAGAUCAGAUUCUCCUGAUUCAGUGACAUCAGAAAUUAACAUGAGGCCAUUGUCACCAGAAUCAGUGACAGAAUUUAGGCCUAUGUCACCUCAGUCACUGAUGAUAACAACAGAAUUAAGAACUUCAUCUCCAGAUUCAAUCACAUCGGUUAGUGAGUUUAGGACUUUAGGAGCAGAUUCUCCUCUUCCACAGUUUAGGCAAUAUGGAGAAUCAGCUGUGAUCAUUUCUGGGAGCAGGUCAUCAUCAUCUUUAUCUGUAAUAUCAGACACUGAAAAUGAUGUUCUGGACAUGCUAUUUUCUGAGGUGCGAGGGAGAUCCUUCACACCUGAUUCUGAAAAUGAGUUCAGGGCACUUUCAACAGAUUCACCCAUACCUGAAUUCAGACAGCCUAUACUUCAUCUAACUAUUUCAACUGCUGCAUACAGAUCUACAUCACCUGAAUCAGUUUAUUAUUCAGAUAUAGUGUAUAGAGAUGGGUCAUUUGCAUCAGUAUCCGAUGAUCAUAGACCUCCAUCCCCUGAUUCAGUGGCAUCCGGAGAUGAAGACUGGUCCCUGUCACCAGAUUCCCCUGUACCUCAAUUCAUAGCAAGAGUUGUUGAACGCUUUCCAUCAUUUGUUGGUUUUAGGUCAGCAUCCUCUGAAGAACCUACAUCAGAUGUUGAGUAUGCACCUUUGAUUAAUUCCUCACCUGAUAUUGAAGAUAGACCAGAUUCUCCAGAGUCACUAGAACUAGUUGAAGUUGAGGAAAGACCACUGUCCACUGAUUCUGAAUCAGAGUUUAGACCUUUCUCAACUACAUCACUGACAUUAAUGUCAAAUUUCAGGUCAUCCUCUCCUGAAUCAACAGGCUCUCUGAAUAGGUUUAGAGCUCUUUCACCAGACUCCCCUAUUCCAGAGUCUAGACAUUUGCUACAAGAGUCCUUAAAAACAUACAUGGAAUAUAGAUCCUCUUCACUAGAGUCGGUGUCGUCAGAUUCGGAAGUGGAAAUAGAACUACCUUUCUCGAUGUUACUUGAGGACAGACCUUCAUCUACUGAGUCUUUAGCAUCAGUCAGUAAAUACAGCAGACUCUCACCUGAUUCUCCUAUACUUGAGUUCAGGCCAGCUUUGCUAGUUCCAUAUGCUGAUGUUAAUGCUUACAGGUCAUUACCACCAGAGUCAGUGGCAUCAGAUGUAGAACCCGCUCCCAUAAUGUCUCAGCUGUUCGAAAUCGAGGGUAGAGCAAAUUCUCCACAAUCAAUCUCGUCUUUCCAUGAACACCAGUGUCUGCCUCCAGACUCUCCAGUAACCCAAUACACCCAUACUGAACAUCCCAUGUUGACAGUAACAUAUAGAUCUGCAUCACCUUGGUCAGUAUAUUCAGAUGAGGAUUUGGAGACUGAUUUGUGUCUCCCUUGGAUUUUUGAGGACAGAGCAGCAUCUCCCGUUUCAGAUGCAUCUAAAGAGGAAUUUAGACCUCUUUCACCAGACUCACCCAUUCCUGAAUUUAAAGCACUACAUGAGUCUGCCAUAUCUUACAUGGACUUAAGAUCCACUUCACCUGAGUCAGUGUUGUCCGAUUUGGACAUGGAAAUUGAGUUAUCUUUCCCAGGUAUCAUAGAAGACCGACCUUCAUCUGUUGAGUCCUUAGCAUCUGUGAGUAAAUACAGAAGACUUUCUCCUGAUUCCCCUGUUCCUGACUUCAGACAGGCUUUGCUGGAGACAUAUCCUAAGUUUAAUGCUUACAGGUCAUUAUCACCUGAAUCAGAGGCUUCAGAAAUAGAAUAUGCCCCUUUGAUUUCACAGAUGUUUGAUUUUGAGGACAGAGCAGAAUCCCGUGAAUCAGGGGUGUCUGACACUGAUCUCACAUGUUUGUCUCCUGACUCUCCACUACCCCAGUACACCAUGAGUGCACUCACUAUGUUAGGAGUAAGAUACAGAUCCAUAUCACCCGAUUCAGUAUAUUCAGAUGACGAUUUGCAGACUGAUUUGUGUCUUCCUUGGAUUUUUGAGGACAGAGCAGCAUCUCCUGGUUCAGCUGCAUCCAAAGAUGAAUUUAGAUCUCUUUCGCCAGACUCACCCAUUCCUGAAUUUACACCUGCACUAUUAUGAGCACCCUAUCUAACAUGGACUUAAGUCACUACACCUGAGUCAGUGUUGUCAGAUUUGGAACUGGAAUUACCUUUCUCAACAUUCUUUGAAAGCAGACCUUCAUCUCUUGAAUCUCAAGCAUCAAUGAGACUUUCACCUGAUUCACCUGUGGCUGACUUUAUGCAACCAGUGUUUGGAUUACCUGGAACUAUUUUUGGACAUAGGUCAGCAUCCCCUGAGUCAACAUGUUCAGAUAUGGAAUACAUUGUUUUAAGCCUAGGAUCACUAGACAACAGACCCUCUUCACCUGGCUCAGGAGCAUCUGGAGAUGAAUACCAGGCUCUGUCACCAGACUCACCUAUACCUGAAUACCCAUCAACAAUGGCUGAACGUGUUAUUGUGAAUGUUGGGUAUAGAUCACCUUCCCUUGAAUUUAUUGAAUCGGAUAUUGAGUAUGCUUUGAAUGAGUUUUUAAUACCCAUGAAUUAUGGUACUGAGGAUAGAACGGAUUCACCUGAAUCAGUAGGAUCAGAAGUACAAGAGAGGCCACUAUCGGUUGAUUCCAUACCAGAAUACAAACCGUUGUCACCUGUGGCAUUGAUGUUACUUGGAAACAUCCGGACAGUAUCUCCAGUUUGUAUUGAAUCACUUGAUGAACAUAAGAGGUUGUCGCCAGACUCACCUCUUCCAUGGUUUACACAAAAUGUUCUUGAGACUAUGACAGCAGAAACACACUAUAGCUGUUCGUCCCCAGAAUCAGUAUUGUCAGAUAUGGAAUGUGGUUUGGUUUUAUAUGACUUAGAAGCCACUAACAUGAGACCACUAUCACCUCAGUCAGAGAUAUCAGAGGAUGAAUGUAAACCCCUGCCCCCUGAGUCGCCAAUACCUGAUUUUACAAAGACAUUUGUAGAAAAUGUAAUGACUGUGGGAGACCUAUCACCCACUGAAUUUUUAGAUUCAGAUGAUUUGUCUCAGGCUUUAGACCCAUUUAGUACAGAAGAGAGGUCAUCGCCAGAGUCUAUUGAAUACAAUAAGGAAGAAUUACUGUUGGCAUCCAAAUCAUCAGUAACUGAGUUAAAAGUCCAAACUGCCAGUGAAGCAACCAUUAAUAGUACUGUUGUAUCAUCAGCAAUGGCACCAACCUCACCUGAGGAAUCUGGUAUCAUGGUAGCUGAGUAUAAUCUCAUUUAUGAUGCAGAGCUGUGGAAGCUGAUUUCUCAAGUACGUGAUCCUCAGUAUACUGGAGAAACUUUUAGCAGUAAAACAGGGUUUUUGCAAUUUAUUGGCAGCGCAAUAGAUUAUGAAAGGAGUGUUUCAGAUGAUGAUCAAGAGAAUAAAGUAAAAGAUAAAAAUGAUCAAGAUACCUUUGCCACAAUACCACCUUCAGAGGUGACACAUCCAUUUACUACAACAGACACAGCUAAAGCUGAUGACAGCUUCAUUUGCACUUCAAGUGCACAAGUCAUAUCUAACAUACCUCUUUCAGAGUCACCUCCACCAAUGAUUGAACACAUUCUGUCUUCAGGAGCAACUCCAUACAGACAGGCUAAGUACACAUUUGAAAUACCAACCCCUGAGGCACAAUCUGAUGAUGAUUGUGUGGUUGUAUCAGUAUCUGAUGCAGAGGAUGAUGGUGUAUGCUAUUCACCAGAGUCCUGGACAGACUUCAGACCCAUAUCACCUAAUUCAGUCAUAGUGGAUGAAGCAAGAGCAUCAUCACCAGAAUCUGUAACAUCUGUCAAUAAAUUUAGACCACUCUCACCCGA